AUGAGCGGUAGCUGUGGGAUUAUAGACCCGGACACACCUACCCCUAAAAUCUCCUAUAAAAAUCGGCGGGCCGGUAAAGGAGAAGCCUACGAGCCAACAACACAUGAGCACGUGGCAAAUACAGUAUCCCAUGCAAUCGGAAUAGGACCUUCUAUACUCAUUUUCUAUUAUUUUAUGUGUGCAUACGCUCACCGUGAGCUCCAACAUAUUCUUAUGGUUAUUUAUGGAACUUUUACAACACUUUUGUUCACUUCCAGCACUGUUUAUCAUUUUUGCGAAUACCUGUUUCGGCAGGAAAAUAAACACCGAAAACUCCGAUACUAUCUACACAUAUGCGAUCGAGCUGCAAUAUAUUUGUUCAUAGCCGCUUCUUACACUCCUUGGCUAACACUACGCCACUGCGGUCUUCCGGGUCUAAACUUGAAAUGGAUGAUAUGGGUGUUCGCUAUUCUCGGGAUUCUCUAUCAAUACAAUUUCCAUGAAAGAUACAAAACACUCGAGACAAUACUGUAUAUUAUUAUCGCUGGAGGACCAUCUGUUGCUAUAAUUACAAUGAAUGACAGAACGGGUCUCGAAUGGAUGAUGAUCGGUGGAAUGAUGUAUGCUGUUGGAGUUGUAUUCUUCAAAUUGGAUGGAAUUUUGGCGUUUGCACAUGCCAUCUGGCAUAUUUUUGUUUUAUUAGGCGCCUCAUGCCACACCUACGCUGUCUUCGCCUUUUUGCUAGGACCCGAUCGAAAUAAUCCUGUUCCAGAUGUAUAG